CACAGGUACUCGAUUUGCGAGGCUCCAGCGCUAGCGUACAGUAUUGAUCGUUAAACGUGGCAAGAUGGCGAAGUUCCUGGGGAAAGUUUGCCGUGGAAUUACCACGUGCAUUUUGGUCAGCGUUUUGAUCUUUGCAACUGAUGCAGCAAAGAAGAAUGCUAACCGUAAACUUGUAGCCGACAUCACAGAUAUGAAGGAAUUCAAGAAGGAGUUGAGAACGCAUAACAACGUCAUGGUCUUGUUUUCCAAGGAUGCCAAAUCUGGGGAGAGCAUGAUGAACUUAUACAGUGAUGUGGCUGGAGAGAUGAAAGGUCUGGCCACAUUGGUCUUUGUUGAUUGCAGCGAGGCCAAGAAGCUAUGUAAAAAAUACAAGAUUUCACCCUCACCAACAGUUUUGAAACAUUAUAAAAAUGGUGAUUAUCAUAAAGAUUAUGACAGGCAAAUGAGGAAAAAGUCGUUAAUAAAUUUCCUUAGAGAUCCAGAGGGAGAUAUACCAUGGGAAGAAGAGCCAGAUUCUGACGAUGUUCUUCAUAUUGAGAGUACAAAGGAAUUUGAAAAGUUGUUAAGCAAGGAGAAAAGACCAUUGUUGACAAUGUUUUAUGCACCAUGGUGUGGUCAUUGCAAAAGAAUGAAGCCUGAAUUUGCAGGAGCAGCCACUGAACUGAAAGGAGAAGCAGUGUUAGCUGGCAUGGAUGUGGACAGACCAGAAAACAUGGCUACUAGACAGGUUUAUAACAUUACAGGAUUCCCAACAAUAUUAUAUUUUGAAAAAGGAAAAAAGAAGUUUGAUUAUGGUGGUGAGAGAACAAGACAAGGAAUUAUUGAUUGGAUGGAGGACCCUCAGCCACCCAAGGAACCAGAGAAGGAAGCAGAAUGGAGUGAUGAAGAAAAUGAUGUUGUUCAUUUAGAAGACAAUACUUUUGAUGAGUACAUUUCUAGCCAUGACUCAGUUAUGGUCAUGUUUUAUGCGCCAUGGUGUGGUCACUGUAAGAAGAUGAAGCCUGAAUAUGUAGAUGCAGCUGCAGAACUCAAAGAGGAUGGGUUUGAGGGAGUCCUUGCUGCUGUUGAUGCAACAAAAGCUAGAACUUUGGCUGAAAGAUUUGAAGUCAAAGGAUUCCCAACGCUUAAAUAUUUCCAGAAUGGAGAACAUGCAUGGGACUUUAAUGAAAGAACAGCAGACAAAUUUGUUGAACAUUUAAAAAAUCCUAAGGAGCCUCCUCCACCUCCACCCCCUGAACCUGCAUGGAGUGACAUGGAAUCAGAAGUAGACCAUCUUACCGAUAAUAACUUUAAAACUUUCACCAAGAAAAAGAAACAUACCUUAGUAAUGUUUUAUGCACCAUGGUGUGGCCAUUGCAAGAGAGCAAAACCAGAAUUUAUGGCAGCAGCUGAAAAUUUUAAGGAAGAAAACAAAGUUUCAUUUGCUGCAAUAGACUGCACAGAGCACAAAGAUUCAUGUACAGCAUAUGAUGUAUCAGGAUACCCUACAAUCAAAUAUUUCAGUUAUGGAAAGUUAAUGCAAGACUAUUCAAGUGGAAGGGAGGAAGCAGACUUCAUCCGCUUCAUGGAGAAUCAGCUGAGCCCUGGUGCUGCCCCUUCCCAGCCUCCACCCCCUCCACCAGAAGACUUCUGGGCAGAGCUGGAUGGAGGAGAGAAUGUCUUCCAGCUUGAUGAUGUCUCUUUUAUAAGCUUCAUUGCUUCAAACCCCUCAGUUUUGGUCAUGUUCUUUGCCCCAUGGUGUGGACAUUGUAAAAGGAUGAAACCAGCAUUCGCAGAGGCAGCAACAUUAGCUCGUGAGCAGAAACUACCAGGAAAGUUUGCAGCAGUUGAUGCCACUGUUGCUGUAAUGACAUCAUCAAAAUUUGAAAUUAAAGGAUUCCCAACAUUGAAAUACUUCAAAAAUGGAAAAGAAGACAUUGCCUAUUCUGGAGCCAGAACAGCAGACGCACUUCUUGAAUUUAUCAAAGACCCAGCCAGUGUACCACCUCCUCCACCCCCUGAGCCAGCUUGGAGUGACAUCCCCAGUGCGGUCAAUCAUCUGACCAGUCAGACCUUUGGUCCUUUCAUUCAGGAGAACACCCAUGUAUUGACCAUGUUUUAUGCACCAUGGUGUGGUCAUUGUAAAAAGGCCAAGCCUAGCUUCCAACAGGCUGCAGAGAUCUUCAAAGAUGUACCAGGCAGAAAGCUAGCUGCUGUUGAUUGUACUGUUGAAAAAGGUCUCUGUGAAGAAUAUGAGGUCAGGGGAUUCCCCACCUUCAAUCUCUACAGCAAUGGUGAGUUUGUAGAAAAGUACACAGGCGGUAGAAUGACAGAGGACUUUGAAGCGUACAUGCGAUUAACUCAACAAGAAGACACAACAGAAGAAACAGUAAAACAAGAUACUGCAUCGGAUAGUGAACAUUUAAAAGAGAAGAUUGAACUAUGAUAGAGUCAGAAUAAGUCAAUGAUAUCCAGUAGACCAAGGCCCUGUUGACAAAAAGCUUAGUAAUUGAUUAUAUAGCUGAAUUUUAAGAUUGAUCAUACACACUAGUCAAUGCAAUCAAUCGUAGUAAUCAGCCCUAUGAUCAGUUGCUGAGCUUUAUGUAACAGCACAGUUAACAAAUGUAUUCUUUCAUAAAGCUAUGUAAAGUUAUGAAUUAAUUUAUAAAGAUAUGAUAAAUAUGAUAAGCCAAUUGGGAUUCUCUAUCACCAGUUAUACCAAUUCAUAUUCCAGUCAUUCUGACAAUCAUUCAUAACUUGACAUUCUGCUCUAUGAAACACCCCCACAGAUCAGUUGAUUUGUUGCUUUCAUCAAAGUGUUGCAUCCCACUGUCAUGAGUUGGUCUUGUUCAGACUCUGAAUAUGGGAUUCAUAUGUUUGAUGCUUCUCUGAUGAGUUGGGUACUUUACAAAAGUUCAACAAUCAGCUUUCCUACUUGUAGUAUUUAAGGCCUGCCUAAUCACCAUUGGUAUGUCUAAUAUGACUUGAUGGUGAAAAGAGGCUAAGGCCUAAGCUAUGGUACCUCACUCUUGGUGGAAAGGAUUGGCCUUUUUUGUGGAUGUCAGUAUAAAAUUGAAUACAUUUGUCUACUUAUCUACUGUUUUUCAAACACGGAAGGUAUGUGUUUUAUAAAAAUAAAAAAUAGAAAAAGGUGUAGAGGGAUAGUAUUUUAUAAUCCACUACAUUAUCUAGACCACAACAACUGUUUGUAGUAUACUUUGAAGUGCCUUGCCCCAUCUCCAUCAUUCUCACACAUGCAUCAUUCACAUGACAAAUACCAGAGUACUGAGUAAUAGUUUCUUGUUGAUCAAGUGAACACCCAUUACUCAAUACAUUCAUUUUGAUACACUUGUAAUAGAGUCAAGUAGACAUUUUGUAUAUUAAUUUUAUUUAAACCAGUGAACUUGUAAUGAUUUGUAAUGAUAAAAAUCUGGCCAAUAACUGUUUUUUUUUAUAGAUACAUCAGACAGACAUUAGCCAUCAGCCUAUCGAGUUGUAUUUAGUGUAUUGUGAACCGUCUCGCUUAUAAACAAAGAGUGUAAGAAAAGUUUGACUUUUAAAAUAAUCAGAGGGAUUAAUUACUAGGUCCUAUUAUUGGGAAGGAUCAUUUCCACAAUUGAUAGCCAAUAAAACUGCCGAUCCUUAAUUCUUGAAUAAUUCUUUAUUCAGUCAAUUCUUGCAUCAGACCACAUCUCUGCUUAAUUGAUUUUGUUAAAAGAAUCAACAAAGAUUUUUUUUUUUUUAUUAUGAAAUAACAGGGAAUUAAAUUAGUUUAUUAAUUUUUUUUGUCAUGUGGAUGAGGAAAUGAGGGUAUUAUAGAAGCAAAAAAUCCUUGAAUUUGAAUGUAGACAAAACUACAUAAAAGGUUUACUAUGGCAGGCUACCAACAACCAUUUAGUGUUAUAUAUUUGUUCUUUAGUGUAUAUCUUUAUAUUUUUCUGAUAGAAUCUAUUUCCUUAUAGACCUUCAAGUCUUUAUUUUGAAUUAAUAUUAUUUUUUUUCUUGAAGUUCAUUACAUUUUGACCUGUAAUCUCCGAUUUCAUGCUUGUUUUCACUAUUGGUCACAAUUUGGGUAAAAAUGGGAAAAUGGUUUAGACUAAUGAAGUUUGAUAGGUUUAUUUGGAAUCAUAUAGGUUUAGUCUAGCAUUUGUUUCAAAACAAAAUCAUUGUUCUUAUUUCUCUUCUGGACUAGGUUGUUUUCUUUAUGAAUAUAUUUACUGAAGUGUGCUUCAGCAGGUUGUCUGCAUUUUCAAUAUUUUUAUCAAUAUUUUUUUGGGAGGAGCAUUAUCCAUUCAAUAAAGAACUACACACACAAAGAACAGUUUACAGAAAGUAGCUCUGUUGCAUAAAUAUCAUAUCCAGAACCAAAUGCAUACCCUUAUGAAGUUGUCUGUUAAUCAAAAUUGUUUACUUCCAAAUUAUAUAAUUUGGAUGUGUAACUUAAAGAGAUAAUGCUUAAUAUUGACAAUCGAUUGUAACUUUUUUACAUGGUUUGCCAUAGACUUACAGUAUACAAAUAGCGAAUAGGCAUGAGUGUGAUGGUGCAAGAUUUCGCAUAAGGUGAAAGAAAGAUACACUGUACUCUAUUCAACAAGGCGUUAGCUGAGUUGAAUAGAGUGCAUCCUUUUUUCACCAAUUGCGAAAUGUUGCACCAUUGCACAAAUAAGAAUAUUCACUAUUUGUGUUGUACAACACCUCAAAUGUUCGCAGAAAAUACGAACAAUAACAAAUUUUUCCUAGGUUUAGAAAAUUGAAAGAUAAAUGAGAGCAAAAUCCUUCAAACCCCCAUCUGAUCUGCAGCAGCAAUGCACAUUUUGCCAGUAAGCCUUAUGUGUUUUGCACUUGCAAUUAUUUACUCAGCGCAGUGAAUUAAAUCAUAUUGUGAUGUCAAAUCGUGCAAUGGUACAUUAUGGACGGUAAGUGUGCAAGGGUACGAUUGUUUGACAUUCAGCCUCCCAUUGCUGCGUACAACAAACUAAGUAGGCAUUGUACAGUUACACUUAAUUUUACAAGUGAUUGUAUAUUUUAUGUUACAAGACCCUGUUGUAAAUAAACAGGGAUAGGUGGGUUUCAAGAGGCUGUGGGUUGAAUAUAUUUUGAGUGACAAGUUACAAAGCCAUCUGUCAUCGGAUAUAUUAUUUUCAAAAAAAUAUUCAAAUAUGUAAGAAAAUGUCACAUUCAUGCUUAAUACAUACUUUGUUUUUGUUCUCCAGUGGAGAAAAUAAUAUCCAAAACUGUCUUUCAAAUAAAUAUGACCAACCUUACGCAAAGUGGAUUUUAUCACAUUGAUCAAGUAACUCUAAAAUGAGUGUUGUGGUUUUUGUUCUUUUCAAAUGACUAAUAGGCAUUGCUGUAAGAGGCAUUUAGUUAUGUGUAUAGAUUUAGGUAGUUAUUUUCUUUAGAAAAUAUAUGUUAGUUUUCAAUGAAGAUAUGUAUUUCUUCCUUUCUUCAGAAAAAAAAUGUUUUUUUUUAAUUAUGAUAUAAAGUUCUUAAUUUUUCUUUUCAGUUCAUGUCAAUUUCCAUACACAAGAUAUGUAUUAUAUAAACUCUACUUUGUCUUCCGCAUUUCUAUAGUUAUUACCUUAUUUAUAGACAAGGUAUAUUUAGCUGUAGCUUUGGCUAAAUACUGUUGCCAUUUGUAGAUUUUCCUGUGUACCAACAUAUUUUGGCAGUGUAUAAUUUCAUUUUUGUAUGAAGUACGUAAUACUCAUAUAUCAGAUGUGAAGUAAAUUUCAAAUGGUGAUUACUGUGCAUGACCCAUAUAUGGUUGGCUAUUCAAUUUGUCUCUCUAGACUUGAGAAUGGAGAAAUUACAUGAUAGGUCAGCUCUUUUAAUGGUCGUUGGUAGGAAACUGACAUUCAUGUGGUACAAACUUCCUGCUCAUUUUAAAAUACUGAGUAGUCAAGUUUUGAUGUAAUUUGACCAAACCAAUAUGCAAUUGAAAGUCCACCUGUUAGGUGUUUCAUAAAGCUGUUCGUAAGAUAUGAGCGACUUUACAAAUGACUGGUGAUCCUUUCUUAGGUGCUAAAUUAACAUGAAGGCUUGGUCCCACUGCACUUUCUGAUGCAGAGAGGAUGAAAAACGUAAAAGAAUCUUGCCAUCCAUUGGAAAACGUUAUGUAUCCAUUGUGUACUCUUUGCAUACGUGUUUCAUACGCUCUAUGUCCAUCGAGCAUUCGUCCACUGUGGUUUCAUUGUUCGCCCAUUUUGUCCAUUGUCUGGAGCUACCCCGAAAUUUUGCUUGUCCGCUGUAUCCGUUAUGAAUACAUUUUGUGUCCGUCGGCCAGUGGGACCAGGCUUUUAGUAAAAAAAUGGAUGCAUUUCACCACAAGUAAGGAUCACCAGUCAUUUUUUAGAGUCACUUGUAACUUAUGAACAGCUUCAUGAAACACUCACCUGGUUGGAUAGUUUUCCACAGGUUUUCUCUAGAUUGAAGCAUUUUGAUAGAGAGUAGUGCUUGGAAAGACUUGUGCACAGAAAAUCUUUGUUUUGAUUUGCUACUGUAUAUCAUAAAUCAUGAUUUUAAUUGCAGGAGCUUAGAAGAGCCACUGUUAUUCUGUUUUUGUAAUGAGUUUUUGAAAUUCUAUUUCAUUUUUUAUAAUCUACUCGUACAUGCAAGGUCUUCCUCUUAGAACUUUAUAUGGUCGAAUUUCAGUUGACUCUCCUAUGUUUCCUGAUGCAAUGAAGGUUACCAAUGACAAAAAUGUGAUUUCAUGUUGAAGUUUUGUAUUUGAUGCAAAUAUCAAGAAGAAAUAGAAACAGAAAAUUAUUGAAAUAUCAUGUUAUUAUGUGAAUGUCAGUUGGCAGCUUCAUGUCAAUGGCUAUGAUGUGCAUUAUUGUUAAUCCGGGCUACAUCAAACUGACUGACCAAAUUGAAAAGGCUUGUUUUCUUAUUUGUUAAAAAGGUAUAAAUCCAAAUAACCUUCUUUUUUAACACACAAGAAGAUGGAAACCCUAUACAUUUGUGUACUGAAUGAUUGUCACCAAAUUUAUUGUGGAUUCUAGGCUGAAUUUGUCCAUUGCAUUUUGUUAUUGAUGGUGAGAGUAAUGGUUCAGCCAAGUGCUUAAUUUCAAUAUGGGACUCUUCUUUAACUUCCAUCAUGUAACCUAAUUGAAAAAAAAAUGAAAAUGAUCAGUCUCGUAUUGAAUAAAGAAAAAGAUCACCUUAGUCGUUUUAUUAAGAAAGCAUGACGUAAAUUUUUGUCAUCUCUGUCCUGCAAGUUGAAAGAAAUGGGUAAAACCUCUUAAUGGUCGGAUUGCAUCUAAACAUGAGUUAUAGAUGUACUGAGAUGGUUGUCAUGUUUGUAUAUAUGCCAUAUUCAUGUACCUAUUCUUUUUUCUUCCUUUUUUUUUAAAUUUCAGUUGAAGCCAUUACAUGUGUGUAAACUUAUUUCUACAAUAUAAUUGUGAUUUUGUUUCUGCCAUUUUUAUAGAAAUAUGAAGAAGAAAAUUAAUGAAAAUAACACCUCAAAGAUAUUGAACGUAAAUGAUAUGUUGCCUACCCGCCCUGUCAAACAACUCCUUUAAUUAGACUUGAAUUUAUUCUGGCUAUAAUAUUUUGUAAUGUGCGUUUGUAGAAAGUCAGUUUGAGCGCUCUCUGUAUGUUGGACAUAAUUUGCACAAGCAGAUUACAUCAUGGAUACUGUUUUUGCUUAAAUUAUUCAUAUUUUUAUUCCAGGUGGUUUGCAGAUCAAUUAGGUCUGCAGUAGCAUAUGUAUAAAAUUUGGUUUAAAUAAGGUGUACUUAUUUCUUAUCUUGGAACACGUGCCUUGUUAUCAUUUUUCUCCUGAUAUCUGAUUUCUAUUCAUCGAAAGUGUUCUCUUUUUGUGAGAAGCAAUAAAAUAUAGUGAUGCAACAUAA